CAGUUGCCAGAGCAGUUUGGUUGAGUCUUUAGCGCGUGCGCGUCAACUUGAUUUAAUGAUUUCUCGCACGAGAAUCGAAUAGUUGUAAAAGCAUUGUGUUGUACGUGGCCGAAGGUAGGAGAGAAGCUAUUGUCACUAUUGUAUUCUCUUCUUUAUUCUACAAAUCUCUGUUUGAUUUUUCAGCUGCUACACUUGAGUAAUUAAUUAUUAGCUAUCGAGUGCAAAUGAAAGUUUUGUCUGGAUCAGUGCAUCUUUGAUGAUGUUUCGCUUUAAAACAGGUCAGAUAAACCUUGUCAACUUUCAACAAUUUUCACGACUUGCUGGUGUUCAAAGCAUACGGUCCAUUCAUGGCACACAAUCCUGUCACAAGGGUGAUGUUGACACAAAACCAUUACCAGAGCAUGGGAGCAUAAAAAAACUAUUGGUGGCCAAUCGAGGUGAGAUUGCCAUCAGGAUUUUUCGUGCUGCAACAGAGAAAGGAAUAAGAACUGUUGCAGUUUACUCACAAGAGGAUAUAAAUCACAUGCAUAGACAGAAAGCUGAUGAAGCAUUUUUGAUUGGAAAGGGUUUAGCACCAGUUGCAGCUUACCUUAACAUACCAGAAAUCAUCAGAGUUGCUAAGGAACGUGAUGUUGAUGCUAUCCAUCCUGGUUAUGGCUUUCUCUCAGAGCAAGCAGACUUUGCCCGUGCAUGUGUCAACUCUGGUAUUAAAUUUAUUGGACCAACUCCUGAAGUUUUGUCCACCAUGGGUGACAAGAUUGCUGCACGUGCUACAGCUAUUCAAGCUGGUAUUCAUGUCAUCCCUGGAACAGACCAUCCUGUUGAUGAUCUUCAAGCCGCUCGCGAGUUUUGUGUAAAUCAUUCAGGUUUUCCUGUAAUGUUGAAGGCAGCAUAUGGCGGAGGAGGUCGAGGAAUGCGGAUAGUCAGGAGUAUAGAUGAGUUGGAGGAAUUGUUUACUCUUGCUAGGAAUGAAGCUUUAACUGCAUUUAAUGAUGGCUCCUUGUUUAUUGAAAAAUAUAUUGAGAACCCUCGUCACAUCGAGGUUCAGAUACUGGGUGACGCCUAUGGCAACGUCGUUCAUCUCUAUGAACGAGACUGUUCUGUUCAACGUAGACACCAAAAACUUGUUGAGAUCGCUCCAGCUCCGGUUUUGGACCCCGAGCUUCGCAAAGCGAUGACAUCUGAUGCGGUUAAACUUGCCAAUUUUGUGGGCUAUGAAAAUGCUGGCACUGUUGAGUUUUUGUUGGACGAAAAAGGAAAUUAUUACUUCAUUGAAGUGAAUGCCAGACUUCAGGUUGAGCACACCGUCACUGAGGAAGUUACUGGGGUUGAUUUAGUCCAAACUCAGAUCGGCAUCGCGGAAGGUAAAAGUCUUCCUGACCUUGGGCUGACUCAAGAAAAUGUCAAAGUGACCGGUUCGUCCAUUCAGGCACGGGUUACCACUGAAGAUCCCACAAAUAAUUUUACACCCGACACUGGUAGGAUAGAGGUUUUUAGAGCUGGCGAAGGCAUGGGAAUACGUCUGGAUGGCGCAGCGGUCUUUCCUGGGACGGUAAUUACACCACAUUACGACUCACUAUUGGUCAAAAUCAUCAGCCAUGCGCAGACGCAUCGUGAUGCAUCCAUGAAAUUACAUCGUGCCCUACAGGAAUUUCGAGUACGAGGAGUAAAGACCAACAUUCCAUUUCUUCUUAAUGUAUUGGAACAUCCUGAAUUCCUCGAUGGUGUGGUCAACACCGAUUUCAUCAACGACAAUCCUCACCUUCUUUCCAUCGCUGGAAGUCAGAAUCGUGCUCAGAAAUUACUGCAUUACUUAGGUAAUGUAAUGAUAAAUGGUCCUGUCACGCCUUUAGCGACCGACGCCAAACCCAAGAAAAUUGAACCAAAAGUACCAAAGAUACCUGUGAGCAACGCCCGUGAUCGACCACCUGGCUUCAAAGAUGUUCUCACGCAAGAAGGUCCAGAAGGCUUAGCGCGUGCUGUAAGGAAUACCGAAUCCCUUCUCUUAACGGACACCACGUUUCGUGAUGCCCACCAAUCGCUUUUGGCGACCCGAGUCCGUACGACUGACUUAAGAAAGAUUGCCCCAUUCGUUUCCACGAACUUCUCGAAAUUAUUUAGUGUCGAAUGCUGGGGAGGAGCAACAUUUGAUGUGGCAAUGCGAUUCCUGAACGAGUGUCCAUGGGAUCGAUUAGCAAAGCUGCGCCAGGACAUCCCAAAUGUGCCCUUGCAAAUGUUACUGCGAGGAGCGAAUGCUGUAGGCUACACCAGUUACCCAGAUAAUGUAGUCUAUAAGUUCUGCAAGCUUGCUGUGGAACAUGGGAUGGAUAUAUUCCGGGUUUUUGAUUCGCUGAAUUACGUACCUAAUCUUCAGUUGGGAAUGGAAGCUGCAGGUGCUGCUGGGGGUGUAGUUGAGGCCGCAAUAUCGUACAGCGGAAACGUAGCUGAUCCUAAUAAGACAAAAUACACUAUUGAGUACUACAUGGAGCUCGCCAGAGAACUAGUGAAAGGUGGAACGCAUAUCCUUUGCAUCAAGGACAUGGCUGGCCUCUUGCGACCCGAAGCCGCAAGACUAUUGAUCGGAGCUCUUCGUGCCGAGUUUCCCAACAUGCCUAUUCAUGUACAUACCCAUGAUACCUCGGGAGCUGGUGUCGCGUCUAUGCUUGCCUGCUCAGAGGCUGGAGCCGAUGUCGUUGACGUUGCAGUCGAUUCCAUGUCCGGGAUGACGUCACAACCAAGUAUGGGUGCUGUUAUUGCGUCUGUACAGAAUACAAAAGUAGAUACAGGGAUUGCGCUGGAUAAAGUGUUCGACUAUAGUAGUUAUUGGGAACAAGCACGGUUGUUGUAUGCACCAUUUGAAUGUACGACGACGAUGAAGAGUGGUUAUUCUGACGUGUAUGAGAAUGAAAUACCUGGUGGUCAGUACACAAAUCUUCAAUUUCAAGCUUUCAGUCUUGGUCUCAAUGACCAGUUCACAGAAGUGAAGAAGAAGUAUGCCAUCGCAAAUCGCAUUCUGGGUGAUGUGAUCAAGGUGACGCCAUCGUCAAAAGUUGUUGGCGAUCUUGCACAGUUUAUGGUUCAAAAUGAUUUGGAUGAACAUGACGUUCUGGCCAAAGCGAGUGAGUUAGACUUUCCUAAUUCAGUUGUUGGUUUUAUGCAAGGAGAGCUAGGACAACCAUAUGGUGGAUUUCCUGAACCUCUAAGGACACAGGUUCUUAAAGGUAAACCGACAGUUGAUGGAAGACCUGGGGCGAGUAUGGAAGAGUUGGACUUUAAAAAGCUAGAGAGAGAAUUGAAGAAAGAGCACGGUGACAAUAAUAUACGUGAAUGUGACGUUGUUAGCGCUGCGCUUUAUCCCAGUGUCUUCAGAGAGUACAUGAGAUUUAAAGAUGAGUUUGGACCGAUGGAGCCAUUGCCGACACGACUUUACCUGACUGGGCCCGAAAUAGGAGAACAGUUUCAUAUUGAAAUUGAGGAUGGUAAAGUUCUGAACGUGAAAAUUCUUGCAAUUGGUGAUCUCUUACCCGAUGGACAGCGCGAAGUUUUCUGUGAAAUGAAUGGGCAAUUGCGAGCCGUGUAUAUCACUGAUAAGACUGGAAUCGAGCAAGUCGCAACGAGGCCAAAAGCUCAUCGCGACAAUAAGGGAUCCGUGGGUGCUCCAAUGCCAGGAGAAGUCGUGGCUGUUAGGGUAAAACAAGGACAGAAGGUGGAUAAAGGUGAUCCACUUGUUGUGCUUAGCGCUAUGAAAAUGGAAACAAAUGUGACGUCACCAGUUAAGGGAGUGGUUUCGCAAAUCGCGGUCACGAAUGGUGAGACUAUUCAGGCAGGUGAUCUACUUAUCGAGAUUGUUGAAGAUUAAUUAGAUUGGUAACUAUUUUAUGGAAUUUAGCAAUUAUUUUUCAAAUAUAAAAGGGAUUAACGUGGGAGUCCAAUUUUUACGUGUAGAAGUCUAGGAACAACCUAUCAUGUAAAAAAAAUUGAAUUUAAAAAGCGUUUAAUGGUGAUGUGUAA